AAUCAUGUUUUCGGGAAGACAACAAAAAUGUAAAGGUUAUGGAACGGUUAUACGUAUAUAAAUGUGGAUCAUCUCAAGUCUCAAAGCCAGAAGCAACAUUUCCACAUUUGACAGCAGAAUGGUUUCUCUCAGCAUCAUCCUCUUUACCUGAGUGAUCAGAUGGUCAAUGUGCAUAGCGUAACGGAUAGGCUGCACAUAUCACAAAUGUUUGUGAAAGGACCAAUCAUCAUUUGUUAGAACCAGAAGGAUCAAAGUACAGAAUGCUGUCCCUAAGCUCCAGAUUUGUGAUAUCUGCAGAGAAAGUUAUUACUUGUGAUGGGGAAAUUCAGCGUCUCAGCUGUGAUACCGGUGUGAUCAGUGUACAGUCAGUAUCAUUUGGACGUACAAACGAAAACAUUUGCAGCAUUGGACGACCAAAAGAUCAAAUAUCCAACACUCAAUGUUCACUGGAAAUACCUAAACUGAUUGCUAAACGAUGUGAUGGAUUGAAAGUAUGUGAAAUAAAUACUCAAGGACUCAGUGUUCAAGAUCCAUGUGUUGAAACCUACAAGUAUUACACUACAAAUUACAUUUGCAUCCCAGCAGAAACAAGUGUUACUUGUCAAGGUGGAUAUAGUUCAUUGUACUGUGAAAAUGGCAGAAUUCAGAUAAAUACUGCAAACUAUGGACGAACAGAUAAACACACCUGCUCUGAAGGGCUUCCAUCUGAUCAGAUCCAAAACACCACCUGUUAUUCUCCCAACGCACUGUCGCCUGUGUCUCAAAGAUGCAAUGGAAUGAAAAGUUGUGAGGUGUUUGCAACUCAUACAGUCUUUACGGAUCCAUGCAAUGGCACAUACAAGUACCUGGCAAUCUCCUAUAACUGCCUCCCCCUAGCAAUUUGGUCAAGAGUUAUCUGUGAAAAUAGAAAUACAACCCUUAAAUGCGAGGAAGGGACUCGUUUACAAAUUCACAAUGCAAACUACGGCCGAACUGAGAGCAGCAUAUGUCCUAUUACUAAUCCUAAAGUGCCUCAACAAACUGACUGCUACACCUCCAACUCAAAGGAAAUAGUUGCCGAGAGAUGUGAUGGCAAAAAUGAUUGCGUCAUAUCGGCUUCCAAUGCUGUUUUCAGUGACCCGUGUUAUGGCACGUUCAAAUACCUGCAUAUCACAUACUCCUGUGUGGCUGACUAUUUUGACAGCUAAUCUUGGCAUCUUUAUUACAAGUAAUGAAUUUAAUGGAAUUAAAUUGAAUCGCUGUAGCCAAAUCUUUGGAGUAAGCAUUACAUUCCCAAAACUGUUGUUAUAUACCAGCCAUUUGAGCAAAUAUGUUCACCUUCAGAACUGCAAAUAAAAUUGGAAUGCAAUGUAUCUUUUCUCAUGUGCUUGUGAAUAUUGCUUGUGCCCGUAUAUAGAUCUGGCCAUGAGUCCAUAUGGCCAGUUUGUGCUAUAUCUGUGGGACUGUUGGCAAGGAGUAAAUAAAAGUUUUGUCUG